CUAAGUUUGCAGCGUACAUGCCAGCCCGCCAACAAAAAAAAGUAGACAGGAUAAGUAGUGAUGCAAGCAUCAAUCCUUGCGAGUAGGUAUCCAACUACUACGCCGCGCAUCGCAUGACCUCGCAUUGCCUGUUUCCCGCUCAACAACAGAUGGACGGCGAGGGCAAUGCCUACUACUGUAGAGCGCCAUUGUAUUACUACUGCAACAACGAUGACAACAACGUUGAUACAUGUGCGUAUGGAGUACGUAUGAUCGGGGUUGGUUAGCGUCAGAUCCAAGUCACGCCAUCGAUGCUAUCAAUGUCAUGCUAUGUGACGCGGAUUGAUUGCAUCCAACAUCCCACACCUUCCCUCAAAUCACCAGCAGGAAAGAAGGAAGGAAAGCAUACAAGGAGUUCGCACAGCCACAUACAUCGACAUCUGCUCCAAACUCAGCCGCAGCACCAGCACCAGCACCAGCCUACCUACAAGUCCCCAUCUCAGUCCCCAAACAAAAAAAAACGAGCACGCACGUCCAACUGCGCUCCCUCUUUUUUCUCUUUCUCACUCUUACCGGAGAAUUUCUUCAGUUUCGAAACAAAGCUUCAACCUCCUCGCAUGUAAUUGCGCAAGCAAGCUCAGCUCAGCUCAGCCUAAUGGCUCGCCUCGCGCGGGUAGGACCCAUGUCACACAAACCCGCAUACGUUACCAAAAAAAAACCCCCCAAAACAAGAAUAGAAAAUAGAAAAGUAGAAAAAAAUUCCAGAGAAGAAAACGCGGGAACAGAACAUGACGAAACGGAACGGAAGGGAGGAGUGAGGGACGCUCCAACGGACUUCGGUAACCACCCACACCCACACCCAUCCAUCUUACCCAUUCCUAUUUCGAUGCCGGAAAACGAAACCAAACGAAAUGAAAU